GGGAUCCAAAUUCUUAUCCUAGACUAAUGAUAUCCAAAAAGUGCAUCGAAUCCAAGAUUUUCCAAACCACUGCCUAUAUAGGCUAACUCUAGACCAAGAAAACGAGAAGUAAAACAGUAUCGAUGCCAUGCACAUGCACAUUGCCAAAUAGAUACAUCAAGGAUCUUGCACCACGCGAGUAAUAACAAAACCAUUAAAUUAAAACAAGCUAUUUCAGAGUUGUAUUAAUUUCGCAAACGAAAACAAUCAGGAUCGGCGAAUGAAAACGCACUAACCACAGAAAACAAGACAGAAGUGUGUUGACUCGCUUUCUUCAGUGCUGUCUUGUCACUCAACACCACCGGUGGUUUCAAUGUGCGGGUAGUAAUUAGUGUAAAUAAGUGAUCAGAAUGGAACGAAAAAUUAAAAGUGUAACCGGCGAUAUUGACGAACGAUCUCAAUAUGCAUCUGAUUUGGAUCAGGCUUUAGCCGUAGCAGGUAUCGGCUGGUACAACAUAAAGUUUUGCCUGGUCCUGGCAUUGUUCUUAAUAGCAGCUAUUGUAGAGCCAGUUGGAUAUUCGUUUGUACUGCCGUCGGCAAUAUGUGAUCUCCAAAUGACCAAUUCUCAGAGAGGUUUCAUAUCAUCGAUACCUUAUAUUGGUGUCGUACUAAUGUCGUUCCCGUGGGGCUAUUUAGUGGACACACAAGGCAGAAAACGUAUGAUCAUAUACAGUUCGCUGGCAACUGGAACUUUGGGAAUAGCAGCUGGUUUCAUGCCCAACCUUAUCAGUUUCACUAUUUUCAAAUUCCUGACGUCAUUAUGUAUAGCCUGUCCGGCAGCCGUUCCGUACACAUACAUAGGAGAAAUACUACCUCAACAAUACAGAGACAUUACUCUUUCAGUCACAAAUGCAAUGCAAAUAUUGGGAUCUGCAUUAGUACCACUGCUGGCGUGGGGCAUACUACCACUAGACUUCAGAGUCGAUUUCGGAGCAUAUUAUUUUCGCGCUUGGAGACUGCUAGUAAUUGUAUACGCAAGCUUCUUCAUAAUAGCAGCUGUUUUAAUGUGUUUUGCUCCGGAAAGUCCGAAAUACCUUGUUUCCCAAGGGAGACGCGAUGAGGCUCUAAAAGUAUUAAGGGUUAUAUACGCAAGGAACAAAGGAAAAUCCCCUGACGAAUACCCAAUAAAGCACUUGUCUGAUAGUGAUAGCGGGCGAAGCAAAGGCAGCUUCAUAAACUCACUCAAAGAACAAACUUCACCUCUGCUCAAAGCACCGUAUCUGAAAUGGUUAUCGCUUAAUGGAUUCUUGUUGUUUGGUAUUUUCUCAGUAUUAAACGGAUUAUACGUGUGGGUGCCAGAUGUUUUAAACAGAGUUAUGACUGGAAGUGGAGAGGAUAUGACUGCCUGCGACGUUAUUGCACAGAGAUUGAAUGAGACCGCUUCAGCUCCAGAAUCAGAAUGCAUCGACACAAUAGAUCCAAUAACAUUCAAAAUAAAUACAAUAGCAAACGUGUGUUGUGCUGUCAUCGCUGUAGCAGUCAGCAGCUCCGUCAAGUUCGUCGGAAAGAAGAAUCUGUUGAUCAUAAUAUUCUUUCUUAUCGGCACUUUCUGUGUACUCAUUAAUUUUAUCACUGAAAAUUUAAUAUUCGCGGUGCUUUUGUCCUCGUUUCCAGUAAUGGGACUUGGAAUUGGCCCUGUAAAUGCGUACGCUGUCGAAAUUUUUCCGACACAUUUGAGGGGCAUGGCUGUGAGUUUAAGUAUGAUGUUGGGUCGCUUGGGAUCGGUAAUCGGUACAAAUGUAGCUGGUUUGUUGCUCAAUGCGGCGUGUGAAGCGACAUUCUAUAUUUUUGGCGGACUAUUGAUACUCUGUGGCUUCUUCUCGAUACUGCUUCCAAGAUCAAAUACAGCGCCAUCGAAACCUAAAAACUUGAUUAUUAGUCGAUUAUAAUAAAUUUUAUUAUUUAAAUGUCUAGCUGUAACGUUAUAUUAAAUUAUGUAAUUUUUUAAGAA